AAAUGGUCCUCAGGAGGUCAGUGAUCUCAUAGUCAUUGGAGGUUCACCUUGUUUGAAAGUAGUUUUGACCUCUUACCAUUGUUGUGUGACACUAUUUCUAGGAAGAAGUGAGCAAAUAUCUUCUCACCUCAGAGAGGGAGCCGAUAAGAGAGCAAGUAGAAAUACCACUGAAGUCCAACAUAGUGAGUCAACUGUGUUAUUGGUAUUAGUUAGUGUAAUGUGGAUGAGGGUUUAUUUCCUGCAACAGAAAUGACUCGAAGACAGCUGCAUUACUCCAACAUGAGUGACAACCCGGGGCACACUGCACAACUUGCAGGUUCUUAAAAGCUAUGAUGGACGCCAACAAGAUGAUCAUCAAUUUGGCUGUCCUUGGCAAGACUCAGAGUGGGAAAAGUUCUGCUGGAAACGUUCUUUUGGGGAGUGCUGACUUCUACAGCAGGUUUGCUCCAGGUUCUGUAACCAAAGAUUGCAACCUGGGUCGCAGUUGUCAUAUCCAUGGCUUCAUGCGUCGAGGAGGACACGAGAUUAGUUUGCAGAUACAGGUAUUGGACACUCCAGGGUAUCCACACAGCAAGCUGAGCACGAGAUGUGUAAAACACGAAGUGAAGAAGGCCUUGGAACAUCACUUUGGACAAGAGGGUCUCCAUCUUGCUCUGCUGGUCCAUAGAGCUGAUAUGCCUUUCUUCGGACAGGAAGCAUCUGACUCAGUCCAAUUGAUUCAGGAACUUCUGGGAGAUUCUUGGAAGAACUACACCGCUAUUCUUUUUACCCAUGCAGAAAAAAUCGAAGAGGCUGGGUUAAGCGAAGAGGAAUAUUUGUGCGAGGCUUCUGACGCACUGUUAACCUUGCUAAAUUCUGUUCAGCACAGACAUAUUUUCCUGUAUGAAAGAGGAAACUCGUGGAGUGAACAAAGAAGUAAAAUCUUAGAAAGAAUCAUGGAAUUUAUAAAAGAAAAUCAUUUCCAAGUUCUUAGUUUUACAUAAAGUUUAAGUGAAAAGAAGAGGGCACUGGGUAUCAAUCAGGGACUGAUAUCUCAUUUUAAAGUCUGGAGCACAAGAAUUCCCUGUACAGCCAUUGAGUCAUUUUGGAAAAAAUUGUAAAUAAAAACUAAUAUUAAGGAUUCAAGAUUUCAUGAUAUCAGAGUUGUACUCACAAGUAUUUAUCCAACAGAAAAGUGUGCACUUGUGCAUUUAGACACAUGCAUAUACAAGAAUGCCCAUGGUGGUACCAUUGAGCAUAGCUGAAGACUGAAAACUAUCUAAAUGCUCAUUUAGAAUAAUAUUCAAAUUGUGGUAAUUUAACCCACUGAGACAUACAGUGUGAGAAUGGACAAGCUCACUCUCCUGUAAUAGCAGCUAUCAACUAUCUAAGUAGAAUGCCAAGAGAAAGAAGCACAGAAACUGUGCUCAAUGGCUCCAUUUGUAUAACGACCAGAGACAAAGACCAGUGCAACUCUCUUCUAGUGCAGAGAAUGCUGGGCAUCAGCAAAGUCACAGGAUGCUGUGGGAUGGCUGCAGAGAUGUUGGCAAGGCUAUUUCCCGAUUUGGAAACCGGUUUCAUUUGGAUGUCUACCUUGUGAAAAUGGAACAAAAUUUCCUGUAGUGUAUGAGCUCAUAACUAUAUUUGGGAAUAUAAUUGCGAAUGAAUAAA